AUGCUUGCCGUGUCCUCCGCGAGGUGCCUCGCCGACGACGCGGUGGAGCAGUGCGCCGAGGCCGCGCCCGUGGAGACGGUUGGGGGCGCGGUGGUGGUGGCGGACCUGGACAUAGACUUCGACUUCACCGUUGAUGACAUAGACUUUGGGGAUUUCUUCCUCCGGCUAGAGGACGGAGACGCGCUGCCGGACCUGGAGGUCGACCCCGCCGACAUCUUCACUGAUCUCGAGGCGGCGGCCGCGGGCGUCGAGGAGUUGCAGGACCAGCAGGUGCCUUGCGCCGAGCUCUUGGCCGCCGUGGAGGACGUCGGUUCGGUCAGUUCGGCCGGUGGUGUCAUCGCCGUAGAGAACGCGGCGUUCGCUGAGGCGGGGCUAGGAGACGGGAAGCGAGGGUGCAGUCAAGCCGAGGUGGACGAAAGCAUGGGCGGCGGCGACCGCCCCGUUGUGCCGGACGCAAAAUCGCCGUCGUCGACAACGUCGUCGUCUACCGAGGCUGAGAGCCGCCACAAGUCGUCAAGCAAGAACUCCCACGGGAAGAAGAAAGCCAAGGUGGACUGGACGCCGGAGCUGCACCGGAGGUUCGUGCAGGCGGUAGAGCAGCUCGGCAUCGACAAGGCGGUGCCGUCGAGGAUUCUGGAGAUCAUGGGGAUCAACUCACUCACUCGGCACAACAUAGCAAGCCAUUUGCAGAAGUACCGGUCUCACCGGAAGCACAUGAUUGCGCGGGAGGCAGAGGCGGCGAGUUGGACCCAACGACGACAGAUGUAUGCCGCCGGCGGACCGGCUGCGGCCGUGAAGAGGCAGGACUCGAACAUAUGGACCGUGCCAACCAUCGGCUUCGCGCCGGCGCACCCUCCUCCUCCUCCUCCUCCUUCACCGGCAGCCAUGCAGCACUACGUCCGGCCGUUGCACGUCUGGGGUCACCCCACGAUGGACUCGCCCCGGAUGCCAAUGUGGCCGAGGCACCCAAUGCCCCGCGCCCCGAUGCCGGCGUGGGCUCCCCCGCCGCCGCCGCCGUCCGACCCGGCUUUCUGGCACCACCCUUACAUGAGGGGGCCAGCAGCGUAUAUGCCGACCCAUGGGACUCCUUGCAUGGCAAUGCCGAUGGCACCGAAAUUUCCUGCUCCUCCUGUGCCCGUUGCCAUGCCGUGUCCAGUCUACACGCCCCCCUCCACGCCAUCAGCGCUGGCGAGCAAGAACCAGCAAGAAUCGCAGCUCCAGCUACAAGCACAACCAUCAAACGAGAGCAUAGACGCGGCCAUCGGUGAUGUUUUAUCCAAACCGUGGCUGCCACUGCCGCUGGGGCUGAAGCCCCCUUCGUUGGGCAGUGUCAUGGGCGAGCUUGAAAGGCAAGGCGUGGCCAAUGUGCCACAAGCCUGCGGGUGA